UUAGUAUAAGCAAAUAAGCAUUGAGAGAGAGAGAGAGAGAUGAGGCCAGCAAUGGAGUACUCCAGGCAACAAGAUGAUGAGUUGGAGAAGGUGAAGAAGGAGCUGCUGCACUAUGCCAUGAGACGCGACUGGUGGCAGGUGCUCCAUACCUACAAACUUAACAACCAAGCUCCCACUGCCAAGAUCACCCGCUCCGGCGACACCGUCCUCCACAUGGCCAUCUCCGACUCCGACUACCACUCCCUCACCGUCAGACGCCUCCUCGAGUUCGCCACCAAAGACGCCCUCCGCAUGGCCAACGAUCACGGUAACACGCCCCUCCACGUGGCCGCCUACCUCGGCAACGCCAGGGUGUGCCGCUGGAUCGCCAGCGCGCGCCCCCACCUCAUCGGUGAACGCAACAAACACGGCGAGACGCCUAUCUUCCUCGCCGUCGCCCACGGCCGCAAACACGCCUUCCUCUGCAUGCACACAAUCAUGAGGCGGCACGGCCUUGGCUUGGGCUUUUGCGGCAAGGACGACGGCAGGACCAUCCUCCACUCCGCCAUUUCCGGAGGGCAUUCCGAAUUGGCAUUUCAAAUAAUCCAUAUGUAUCCGAAGCUAAACCGGAACGAUGCAAAUGGAAUCACUCCGCUUCAUCUUCUGGCUACCAAGCCAUCCGCCUUUAAAAGUGGGACCCGCAUGGGAAUUCUUCGAACUAUUGUCUAUCACUGUUUAUACAUUAGAAAGCUUCAGUUUCAUAAGGACGAAGACGAUCUACAGCAACCUCUGACCUUUUGCGCCCACAUUCGUUCAUGGCUCUAUUCGAGCCAAGAAAAGGAUACAGAGAAUCCAAACAAUGAUCGCCAACGACCACCCCUGGAAUUUGAUAGUAAAGGAGGCUUGGACUCCGACUACGUCUCCUUCUGCGCACCCAUUGGCGAAUGUCUAUCACUUAUAUUUCACAAAUUUGUAACAUGCUUAACCUUAGGGAUGAACAACCAAAUACGAAUGGUUAUAGAGGAAAAGAGACAGCAUAAAUGGACGGUCCAGAUCAUGAAAGAAUUGGUUAACAGAAUGUCUUCUUACGAUUUCGAAAUAGAAGUGAGAUCGCCUCCUCCAUCGAUCAAGAGAGAUGGAGAUGGUGGAGUGUUUGAUAUUAGUGAAGUCAAAUUGCAAGAUCUUGAGCAUCAAAAGUCCAACAUUGUCCAAAAAGAUGGAGAUGACAAGAAAAGAAACGGAAGAGAGGAGAUGUCAUUUUCAGCUGCAUCGCAGCAAGAAGUGACAAUAAUGGUGGAAAAAACAAAUGGAAAUUUCGGAAUAACUAUUCGAGACAAUGAGGAUAAGAAAGGAAAUAAGACAUUGAAGCAAAACCCUAAAAAGGAAACCCCUCUGCUCUUUGCAACGAAGCAUGGGAUAAUAGAAAUGGUGAAAUACAUACUUGGGAAAUACCCUUUGGCCGUUCACAACGAGAACGUUGAUGGGAAGAACAUAGUUUUGCUGGCUGUGGAAUCUAGGCAACCACAUAUCUACAACUUCUUACUCAAACAAAAAAUACUAACUCAAACCAUUUUCUACAAGACGGACAACGACGGUAAUAGCGCCCUGCAUCUCGCCGCCAUGCUCGCUAACCGGAGGAACUGGCUCAUCCCGGGCCCCGCCUUGCAGAUGCAGUGGGAGGUCAAGUGGUAUGAGUUUGUGGAGAAAUCAAUGCCUGCGAAAUUCUUUGUGCCAUGCAACCAAGAGGGGGAAACACCCUGGGAAAUGUUCACCGAAAACCACAAAGAGCUGGCCAAGGAAGCUAGCGAGUGGCUGUACAAGACGUCUGAGUCGUGCUCCGUCGUGGCUGUGCUCAUCGCCACUGUGGCCUUCACUGCCUCCAGCACUGUGCCCGGAGGCAUCGAGUCCAAUGGCACACCCGUGCUUAAGAAACAGCCCGCAUUCAAUGUUUUCGCCAUUGCUUCACUGGUUGCGCUCUGCUUCUCCAUAGCCUCGGUUGUCAUGUUCAUGGCUUUCUUCACCUCAAGGCAUCGAGAGAAAGAUUAUGGGACGAAUCUGCCGGCAAAGCUGCUGGUAGAGUUGACGUCGCUGCUAGUAUCAAUAGCGGCAGUGCUGGUAUCGUUCUGCGCAGCACAUUUUUUCGUGAUAAAGGACACCUUCAAAUACACGGCCUUCUCGCUCUAUGCUGCAACGCUUUUUCCGGUGGCACUCUACGCCUUCUGGCAGAUUCCGAUGUACUAUGAGCUCGUUAAAGCCACUGCCAGGUCCACGCCUCAGAGAGUAUACGAACACGACUAGUUUCCUUCUUUCCAUUUUUACCCUACCCAUUUGCCAUGUUUUUGUUUGGGAAUAAAGACUACCUCUGUAACUGCAUUCCAUUAUGUGUGCACACCAUAUUACGAAAUACUUUAUGCUCACCUAUCUCUACAGGUUGUCCUCGUUAA